UAGUAGGCGGAAGGGUUGCGAGAGGCAGGGCUGUCGAAUGAGUGAUGCGGUAGUUGCAGCCGCAGGAGGAAGGACCCAGGUUUCGCAUUAGUGUCUUUCGCUUUCGCCUACAAAUUAUAUCGCCGACCGAGUGCGUACGGCAGCCACACAGCGGUCCCGGGUUACAUUUCUCUGCUUUUGUCGCUGUUUAGGGAGUGGGCAGCCGAGAGGGGAGAGAGAGGCGAACGCCAUUUUGCGAGAAUAAUACACGUUGCGGUGACAGCGGCGAAAGCACAACAAUGGCUCUGAAAAGAAUCCAUAAGGAGCUGAAUGACUUGGCACGCGACCCGCCAGCCCAGUGCUCAGCAGGCCCUGUUGGAGAUGACAUGUUUCACUGGCAAGCCACGAUAAUGGGACCUAACGACAGUCCUUAUCAGGGAGGGGUCUUCUUCUUGACUAUUCACUUCCCCACAGACUACCCCUUCAAACCCCCAAAGGUGGCAUUUACCACACGAAUCUACCACCCAAACAUCAACAGCAAUGGGAGCAUCUGCCUCGACAUCCUAAGAUCGCAGUGGUCUCCAGCAUUAACCAUCUCCAAAGUUCUCCUCUCCAUCUGCUCACUGCUAUGUGACCCAAAUCCGGACGACCCGCUAGUCCCCGAGAUAGCCCGCAUCUACAAGACAGACAGGGAAAAGUACAACAGAAUAGCUCGAGAAUGGACACAAAAGUACGCCAUGUAGCUCUGGGAGUGCGAGGCUCCUCGCCGGCUAAGACUAGCAGAGCUUUGAAGGAAGAGUGAGAACAUCCGGUUUGAUAGCCCUCGGAGAACCUUCUGUGAGCCAUGACUCCUUGCCGCGCCAGUUUGUGGCGCUGCCCGUCUGCCAUGUUGUACAUAUUUUGACCUGCAAAUGUUGACCUUUGACCCCCCCCCCCCGCCCCCAGCCACUCCCCUUUCCCCGCCGCUUCCUGUCUCUAACAGGGUCUGCCUGUGUAUGGCCUGUCCACCAUCAUAAUUACGAUUCGGAAAGCAUUGCUUGGUAUUUUGAAGACCAAGGGGGUGUCCUCAUAGGACUGACCCCGCCGCCUGCCCCCCCCCCCCCGCACAACUCCUGUUCUCCCCUGUGCUUCCAACCGAUGUGUGCGUUGGACGUGAAGGGGUUUUGGUCCCGUAAACCCUUAACGAAUUCUUUUUAAAUUCUUAACUCAUUAGGCUCUGAAACGAAAAGCCUUUGAUCUUUAUUUUGCAGAUGAAUUCAGGAGGGUUUCUGUUCUUGCCUGACUUGUGACCAAGUCUCUGCGCUCUCUGAAACACACACACGCACAACCUACACACCUGUACCCGCAUGCGCGCGCGCACACACACACACACACACACACACCCUGCUGAUUACUGUUUGCAGUUUACGGACCAGUUAUUUAAAGGAGUUUAGUUGAACAAGUCCUCUCCCGUACAAAUAAGGUUGCGUUUUGGAUAUUGUUGAAUUUGGAAAUUUGAUGACUUGUGCUCUCUCAGGUUCCGGGUGCAAGAUUAUGUGUUACUGACAGACAAACAUCUGUAUAUUUAAUUAAGGCUCAUGGAGCUUCUGUGUUGAUUAAACUGUGUAAUAAAAAUUAUUACUAAA